AUGAUCUUCGCCGCCCUUCAACUGCAGGGAGAGUGUCAGGAGAUGCAAACCCACUUGUACUCUACCUUUGUGGAUCUGACGAAAGCCUUCGACACGGUGAAUCGCGAAAGACUGCGGAAACUCAUGCGGAAAUUGGGCUGUCCCGAACGACUCACUCAGAUGGUGCGUAGGCGUCGCGAUGGCAUGAUAGCGCGCGUCAUGGACAAUGGAGAUGUCUCAGAGGCAUUCGCAAUGACCAACGGAGUGAAGCAGUGCUGCGUCCGUUCGCCUACCCUCUUAAGACUCAUCUGCUUUGCUAUGCUGAUGAACGCCUACCUUGACGAACGCCCUGGGAUCCGCAUCGCCUACAGGGCGGACGGCCACCUCCCCAACCACAGGUGGAUGCACUUUCAUUUGCGUCUAUCUACAACCACCGUCCACGAACUUCUGUUUUUCGAUGACUGCGCCCUUAAUGCAAAUACUGAUUGA